UGUCGGUUACUCAGACAGAUCAACAAAACACUUCACGUUAGCACCGGGAGAAACCCUGCAGCUGGUCGUCAGUAACGAUACGCGAGAAACAGGAACACGUUAAAGCGGAUAUGACAACUGCCGCAAGUUACGUGUCUCUUCCGCAAGCUGCGUUACUAUUAAAGCAGAAUGUACAGUUUUGGGUUCUUAAGAUCUCAAUUAAAUGUAUUUUACUCUGAAGUGAUAGUUUACAAUUUACCCGUAAGAGGGCACACAAAACACAAAAACGCCUGUUGAGUACAUCCGGGUCAGAGUGUUUCCGUCAUGUUAGCUAACAGCUUGUAUAUCUCCAAUUUCUUAAAAGAAGAAUCGCGUUUCUAUGUUUCUUUAUCUUCCAUUAAGCCUGUCGUCGGUCAUGAUGAGGUCAGUGCUGCUGCGCAGGUUUACUUCAAACAUCCUGUCCUGUUCCAGAGGAUCAUGUCGACUUACAGGUCGGAUAACGCAUGGCGUGCAGCCUCAUUCACCAGGUCAGACACCCAUCCAGCAGAGCUUCCGGGGACCACUUAUACCUAAAAUCACAGCCCUGGUCGGGUACUCUGACUCUUCCGCAAACAAGUACACUAUGAUUUACACCCUGCCGCACAUUAAGCUCCUCAGAGCUGUGUCCAGGCUGAAACUGCUCCAAACUGCAAUCACCGGGGUCAUCUUGCCCCCAGUGUACAUCCUCUACCUCCAGGGAGACGUCCCCCUCUCUCUUGUCAGCUACGCAACGGGUUUAGCGCUGUUUGCUGCUGUCAUGCUGUACACUGCCAGUCACUUCUUCAGGAGGAUUGUGGGGAUGAUGUACCUGGACCCGUCCCAGACCACCCUCAAAGUGUCCCACCUCACCUUCUGGGGCAGGCGCCAUGAUCUCUACCUGCCUGUGUCGGAUGUUAUGACCAUCGGGGAUACAGGCGACUCCGUAAACGAGACAAUAGUGAAACUUAAGAGAUUCAGCACUCCACAGACGCUGUAUUUCUCCACUCAUUUUGGACGUGUGGUGGACAAACAGGCUUUCGAGAAGGUGUUUGGAACUUAAAAAUGAUAGUUUGUUUAAAUUGUACAGAUUGGGACAAUAAUAGUCAACAGUGAAUUAUCCUAAAAAUACAGUAUAACUUGUUAUAAUGUGAAGGAUCUGUUCCCGGUGAAAAAUAAGAUUAUACAGAAGACUGUCGCCAGUGUAAACUUUGGCUGAGAUAUGUUAGCAGUCGUCAACCAUGAAUAACGAGCUAAUUCAUUAUUUAAUGAAGCUUGUGGUUGGAAAGUACAGGUACAUAUUUGCAGGCCUGAGUGGUAAGUGACCACUGUUGGCAGUAAUGUGUUAAGAGUACUCGGAUUACUUUGGUCUGUAACCAGGGUGUUAAUGUGUCGAGGAGAAAAAAAGUCAAAUAAAGUCAAAGUCUUGGUAAAAGUGAGGUUGUCCGAAUGUUUUACAAACAGAAAUAUUGGUGUUGCAUCUUAAAACAACGACAGACAAAAGUACACAGAAAUUCCUUUAUUAAAAACUAUUUCAAGGUGAGUAAUGAAGCACAUUUAUUUCAAACACUGUUAGCGAUUCAGGUGUGAACACUGACUGAUCUACAUUACAUGUAGA